AUGGAUAGGAUAGGAGGGACUUGCUUGGGAGAGGGAAUGAGAUGGGAUGAGGAGGACCUGAAGGGUGCUGCAGGUUAUGGUUAUGGCUGUGGUCUCAGCUGUCUUGAGUUGCGCCGUUGGUAUGCGUACGGUGACGUCACGGGGAUUAGCCUAGAGAGGAAGGAUGAGGAGAAGGAAGCAAGCAAUGGAAGCACGCAAGCAAGCAAGCAUGCCUCGGAUAGGAAAGAUGAUUGGAGAUGA